GUCAUCAUUCUACUGCCUUCUAAAAAAGAUGGCAGGGUUUGGUGGCAAGAAAAUGAGAAGACUGGAAUCCAAGUUCUGUUUCAAUCCUAAUUGUGAUGACCCUGUAGAAGUCAUUUUUUUUCUUUCUGGGCCUCAAUCUUGUUGAUUUAGAAGAAACUUUCCAGCUUGAGGACACAGCUACUAAAUCUGGGAGAAGGGAGGCUUGGAGGAGGAAUGAUGAAGAGGUGAAAAAAUACCAGUUGUUGGGGCAGUGGAAUGUACUAACUUUGGAUUGUAAAGCUGAAGGCAGUUAAUUAAGAACCUCGGAGAUGAUCAAGUCCCAUUCAUUUAAUUUUUAAACCCUUAUCUCUCAUCUUCCAAAUGAUUGGUUGUAAGGUACAAGAGUGGUAAGGGCUUGGUAAUAGGGAUUAAAUGAUUUGCCCAGGGUCACACAUGAAGUGUUGGAAGUCAUAUUUGAUUCCAGGACCUCUCAUCUCCAGGCCUGGUCUCUCAAUUCACUAAACCACCUAUCUUCCCCCAUACCCUAAUUGUUAUUUUUACACAAGAGAAACUUAAGUCUCCAAGAAAAGAAGGUGACUGAUCCAAGGUCACACAGGUUAAGCGUCUGGAUUCCAGGCCAGGUCCUCUGACUAAAAAAGGGCAGUACCUAGGACUUGAGAGUCUGAAAUCCUGCCAAAUCGCAAGUCUAGUGCUCCUCUUCAUUUCUUCCCCUCGCCCUCUCUGCCCUUCCCAGAGACCUCGGUGAAGUGGUUUUCCAUCUGCCCCUGCUCCAAAUGUAGCAACACCUCGGGUCAGCACCGGGCACCGAGGAGGUAUCUCCCUCAGGCUCCCUUUGACCAACUCGGAACGUUCAUGGCCAGCCCAGCCUAGCUAGAGGGCUUCCCUCUUCCUCUCUGGGCGCGAUGUCUGGCAUUCAACAGGCACCCAAACUAGAGAGGUAGCCCGCUGAGGGCAGGACGUUCCUGCUCCGUGCCUUCGGAUGGACUCGGGCAAUCGACCCGUAAGGUCUUCUCCAGAGGAGCCGACACUGUCCAAUGACUGUUCAAACAAACGAAGGGCCGACUUUUCAGAACUUGGGGGGAGGUCAGUAAGACCCGAAAUGACAGAGCGCGUCCCUGAGCCUCGUGGUUCAUCCCUCUCCCUGACCAAGAAGCUUCCUGGGGCCGAGACCCAGAGACUGCCGGUAGCCACUUUCCACAGGCAGCCAGCGUCCGGAGGUCAAUAGGUUCCCGACCCUUUCCCUUUCCCGGCCACCCCCGCGCCGGUUCCUGCGGCCUCCCGCCGGAAGUGCGUGUCUGUCGGGGGACGCGCGGGCACGCCGGGAGUUGUAGUCACACCCCACCCCCACCCCGGAGAGAAGCGGACCAGCCAGAGGACAGAGCGCUCAGCAGUCUCCCCUCCAUGUCCUUGCUUGGGGGAGGGGUGGAUAGCGGAGGACUACAAGUCCCGGCAGGCGUCGCAAAGCCGCGGGGCAGGCCCCCGCGUCCGGGCUCGGUCCGAGUCCUCCGCUGGCCCUAGGAGGCAUGAAUGGGGUAACGGGCGCGAGGUAAAAAACUCGGCCCUAGCGGCCAGCUCGUACUCCGGUGGACCGCUCGCCCCUCCUCUGCAGUGGUCCAGGGGCCCCGGAGCGCGUGCGCCUGCGUCUGCGCAGCGCGAGCGUGGGAGCCGUUGAGGCGGUUGCGGUGCGGAAGCGGCGGAGGCGGAGGCGGCGACGGCUCGGGCGGCCGGCAGGCCCGGGCGGCGGCGGCAUGCCGCGGGACAACAUGGCCACGCUGAUCCAGCGCAUCGCCCGGCAGGCGCGUUUGACCUUCCGCCGGGGCAGUGGUGGCAGCGGCGGAGCGCCCGAGGCAGGAUUCCCAGACAAUCUGCAGCAGCUCCAGCAGCUGCUGAGCCAGCUCCGCGCCGAGGACCUGAACAUCAGUCCGCGGCGCUGCGCCACACUGCCCGCGCCUUCACCGCCGCCGCCGCCUUCGCACCUGCCGCCCGUCACAUACAUGCAUAUCUGCGAGACCGCCGAGUUCAGCCUGGGCGUGUUCCUGCUCAAGAGUGGCACAUCCAUCCCGCUGCACGACCACCCGGGCAUGUACGGCGUGCUCAAGGUGCUCUACGGAACGCUGCGCAUCAGCUGCCUGGACCCGUUACCCGCGCCGCCGCCCACCGCUGCGCCGCCGCCGCGAUUCGAUCCCCCUCUACGGGCCGGGCAGCGCGCCGUAGUGCGCCGCGCCCUCCUGCGCUCUCGCGCCGAAUACACAGAGGCCAGCGCUCCGUGUCUAUUGAGCCCGCAGCGCGACAAUCUGCACCAGAUCGACGCUGUGGACGGGCCCGCCGCCUUCCUGGACAUACUCGCCCCUCCCUACGAUCCCGACGACGGCCGCGACUGCCACUACUACCGACUCCUGGAGCCCGCGCGCGGGGCGCCCGCUGCUGCUGCCGCCGGCCCCGCCCCGGGCCCGGCCGCGCCCCCGCCGCUGCCCCGGGAGGUGUGGCUGCUCGAGACGCCUCAGGCAGCCGACUUCUGGUGCGAAGGCGAGCCCUACCCAGGCCCCAAGGUCACGCCGUGAGCCGGGCCCCGGGGGGGCGGGCCUGCGCUUCCAUCCGAAAGCCAUAACGAAUCUCCUGCCCCUCUACUCCCCUUCCCCGACAUAGACCACUUCCUCGGGACUGGUUUACGGCCCGCACCCCGGGGCGCGACAUUAACUACCACCGUGAUGGUGUAAGAUCCCUGAAUCCUGGUCUCCAGGGAAGAAAAAGCCGGCUUUACAGCGGCGGAGGCCUCCACUAACCACGGUGCAAGCCACGUAGUUGCAAAAGCAAAUUCCUGUUAUUCUUUUUAAGAGCUGGGGCUGAGACCAGUCUAACUAUGCAUGCCUUGGGUGGACAGGACACGACAUCCAGCGGCGGGGGCCCAUGCCCUCCGCCGCCCCAAAGGGAUCCCCCAAUCUUGAUUCUUUUCCCCCUUUUCUAAAACCUGUAUUUUGGGUAAUUGUGUGUCUCCCAGUCCAUCGGAGCACACUGAAGAGCUGCAUUUUCUAUGCUUCCAGGCAGUUGAAUGUAAACACCUCCCCCCCUCCCCCCCAGCUUGCAGGGAAAUCGCAUCCCCCCACUUCCAACAGUUUCCUGCCAAAGCUGAGAAAAUUAAUAUGGUGACAAAUGUCUCUCUUUCCCUCCAAGACAUUAUAAUAAUCAAGUGACCUAAUGUGCCAGUGAACUGGGCUUCCAGCUGAUGGGUUCAGCAUGGUGCCAGGAGCUCUCCAGGAAGGAUAGCUAGAAAGGAGCCUGAGGCCUAGUGCUGACCUCAGCAGACCCCCAGGGUGCACAUGGGAUGGACCAGUGUAGUUAAAGGCUGUGGGGUGCUAGACCCGGGCCUCCCCACCCCCUCGAUUAACUGUCAAUACCUGUGAUUAGGGGCUGUUCGGUUGGUUCCUCAAGGUCUUUUUUUAACUAGGCUGCUGAGCAACUUCACUUUGUAUACAGAUGCUUGAGACAAUUUGCUUCAGCCUCCUGGAGCCCUAUUGUUUCCUUCUUUAUACUAUUUAUAGGACUUUUUCAUAGAACUUUUAAUAAAAAUGAGUUGUAGAAAUAAAUUCCUUACAAUUUGCCCAGCUAUCGUGUUAAGCAGUCUGGAUUGACUUGCCUGAAUAGGGAUGUGUGAGAUCCAACCUUUCUAAUAAGAGAAAAUAUUUUGCAGUUGGUGACAAAGGUUCAUCCUGCAGGAUAACUAUGUGCCUAUACCUCCUUGUGCAUCCGGGGUAGGGAAUCUCUGGAUUCCGUGCUUUGGCAGAAGAAGAGAUGAGUAAAUCCCACUAGGGAUCCUUUUUUAAAUGCCUGCUGAAUUUAGGCCAUCCCACUGUUGUGGUAUUCCUAGACACACAUCCCCACAUCUUCACAUCCAUGUGUACUAACUAAUGUGGUUUGGGGGGAGGGGGGAAGGGCUGUGUUCAGACCUUUUUAUUGUAGUCUGAUAUCCUAGUGUGUGGUUUAACACACCCUUAGACAAUUCGGGGCAGCUCUUUACCUAGCUCAGAAAGCUGAAGUAUUAAAUACAAUCAAUGAUAUAUAUGCAACUUAAUUUACUUAUAAAUGCAUUAAUAUUAAGGAAAAUGUGUUCAUUUGGUAAUUUUUUUAGCCCAGUGAUGAAUGUAUUAUGGUAUAUGGCAUACCUACUUUUGGAAAUACAUUGUGGAAUAAAAGCAAUUAACUUAGAUAAAGUGUUACUUGUAAUUUAUGUAAAGUUCUACAAUAAUGCAGCUGAUUCUAUUAAACUGACUUUUGCUCACUCAUUCUUCAGUGGGACAACAAUGAUGGCGAGUCUUCUUAUUCUUCAUUCAAUUGAAUGAUGAGGUUCUCUGACAAGCAGCAGUAAACCUAAAAUUGUGGUUAACCAGAAAAGAAACAAUCUCUCCCUUGUUUGGGGUGUUCAGUGGAUUCUUGUUCUCCAAGACAACACAACUUGCCUUCUUGGGUUCAGGGCAUUAAAGGAAUAGUCACCUCAGUGAACCUUUUCUAGAGUUUCUUAGGACUGAGAGGGCCCCUGAGGAAGAGAAUCCCUCAUUUUGAGGACACAAAGAGCAGGGAGCAAAGAGAAGGCCAAAUGUUUCAGCUUGCACCUUGAUGCACUUAGCUGACUCCAAACGCUGCUAUUUCACUGUGUCGUGCUCCGGCCGCCUGCCUUCUCCACCAGAUCAACUGUUUGACAACCAACUUCCUGGACUGUGGAUUGGACCUAGCCCUAAGAAUGAAAAUGGAAAAGACUGAUGAGCACAAUGAAAUGAUCAUUAAGACCUUUUCUCUGUUCCAUACAGAAAUGCAAUAAUUUCCUCUUCUGGGUGAGAAGGAUUCAAUAUUAAUUAAUGUUCCUAAAGCUCAUUUUACCCCUCCAGCCCAUUGGGGUAGUGCAGUCUUGAGUGGAAGAUAGUAUGUAUGUACACUUCCUAUUUUGCAAGAACUGUUUUUAGUAAGCAUGCUUUGCAUGGAUUAAAAUGUGCCUGAGUUGCUAUUUUAUUAAUGAAAGUGCUGGUAUUCAAGUGGCAUGCAUGGAGUCAACUCCUUGAACUCUUGGUUAACUGUUAUGACUUCCUGUCCACCUGUUUUGCUCUCCUUUUACUACCUUAAUUUUCCUUAAAGCUGCCUCACCCAAUCUAGUCAUUGUCAGUGGUUCUGGGACUUUUUAGACUGCUUCUGCGUCCCAGAGAAGCCGCAACGUCUGUCUCACUUAGAACAUGUUUGCCUCCGAUAUUCCUCAGUGAUCAAACAUCAGACGGUUUAUGCUCUUCCACUUAAGAUGUAUGAAUGAGAAAUUGGGAGGCUGAGACCAUUUAAAGCAGCUUGUGACAGUUACAGUAGAGGGACCCAUUACUUAGGAUGCACUGAGGCACCUAGUGUCAAUGAGUGCUGCUUCUAAUGGGAAUGCUGGGAGUUUCCGGAUUUCAGUAUUAGAAUAAAAACUCAGUGUACCCUUUGGAAAAUAGACAUGUACAAUGUUUGACUUGUUCAUUUUAGUCACUAAUUAAAGAAGAUUGCCUAAACCAGGGCUUCUUAACCAUUUGUGUGUGUGUCUAGGACUCCUCAAAAGAAUGUUUUUGAAUGCAUAAAAUAAGAUCUGUAGAACGAUUACAAAGGAAACCAAAUUAUAUUGAAUUAGGCAACAAAAAUUUUUUUUUUAAUUUCUUGGAUGCCAGGUCUUAACCUUAGCACAGACCAUAAAUGGGGGAAACCCUUUACCCUGCUGUCACUUUCCCUUGCCUGCCCAGCUUCAAACAUUUAAGGAGCCUUCAACCUCUCUGUGGCUUUAAGGCAUCAGAUGGGAAACAGCUGAAACUGUGAUUUAAAAGCACAAUAUUUGCCUCAACAGAAGAAAUUCUUUCUCUAUUUAACAGCAAGGCCCAUCGGCCUGCCUAAGAAAUCUGUGUAUCAUGGAAGAACGAAGCCGUGUGACGUGAAUGUCUUUCCUCCUUUUGUGUUUCACUGUGUGCAGCCCUUGUUGAGGGGCCAGUCAGCCUCUUGGCAUCUCCCUGUCCCCUCUCAUGGCCAUUAGCUGCCGUGCAGUGUUCAUAUUGACAAGCUAGUUUCAUUUCUUCCCUUUUCCCCAGCUGCCAGGAUGCUGAAAUAAAGGAGUGUACUGGUUUCAACUCC